AUGGCUGGCAGACCUCCUCAGGGAGGCUCCGGUUCGAGACACGACCUGCUCCUCGACCUCGAAAAUGACCAACCUGUCUACGGCGGCGGCCAGAGGUCCAACCUGAACGACGAUGAUCUGCUCAGAUCCUACACCCACGACCAUGAGCCCAGCCAGUCCCGACCCUCUGUUUCCUACGACGACUUCGUCGGCUCCAGCCAGGCGACGCACCCCUCGGCCAAGACUGCCCCCGGCGGGCCCUCACGCCCCUCUGGUCCUCGAGGCCCAUAUCUCGCCGAGUCGGACAGGCAAUACAGCCAAACGUCAGAGCUAGGGAACUACCAGCGAUACGCUGACGACUUUGAUGACUAUCCAGAAGAUGGCCACUCCUACUAUCAGCAUGGCGGCGGCAUGCAGCCCGGGGCCUCCGAAGCCCAUGCGCGCAGCAAUGCGCACCAGCGGAAUAGUGUUCUGGGACUCGGAGGCGGCCUGCUCGGAAAGGCCAAGAACAUGCUGGGAAUGGGCCAGGGCUACUCAGAAAUGGACCUGCCGCUUACCGAGCCAGGUGCACAAAGGACAGACUCUCACCCUGCUGAGCAACCGGCCAAGUCGAGCAAGAAGUUCGACAUGGGCAACUUCAAGUUCGGGUUCGGCCGCGGCAAACCCGAUCCUUCCACCCUGGGCCCUCGCAUCAUCUACCUUAACAACCCCCCCGCCAAUACGGCCAACAAAUACGUAGACAACCACGUCUCGACGGCCAAGUACAACGCUGCAACCUUCCUUCCCAAGUUCCUCCUCGAGCAAUUCUCCAAAUUCGCCAACAUUUUCUUCCUCUUCACUGCUGGACUGCAGCAGAUUCCUGGCCUCUCUCCUACGAACCGAUAUACAACCAUCGCCCCUCUGAUCAUCGUGCUCAUGGUGUCUGCUGGAAAGGAAGCCGUGGAGGACUACCGAAGGAGACAGGCCGACAAGGCGCUGAACGAGUCGAAGACUCACGUCCUGCGAGGCUCUUCUUUCGUCGAAACCAAGUGGAUCAAUGUUGCCGUGGGCGACAUCGUACGAGUCGAGUCGGAGAAACCCUUCCCUGCUGACCUGGUCCUUCUUGCCAGUUCUGAGCCUGAGGGCCUGUGCUAUAUCGAGACGGCCAAUCUCGACGGAGAGACCAACCUCAAGAUCAAGCAGGGUUUGCCGGAGACUUCAACCAUGGUCAGCUCGAGCGAGUUGAGCAGACUAGGCGGGAGGAUCAGAUCCGAGCAGCCGAACAGCAGCCUCUACACAUACGAGGCGACCCUGACGAUGCAGGCAAGAGGCGGAGAGAAGGAGCUGCCGCUGAACCCCGAGCAACUACUCCUUCGAGGUGCGACGCUGCGCAAUACUCCGUGGAUCCACGGUGUUGUCGUGUUCACUGGCCACGAGACGAAGCUGAUGCGCAACGCGACUGCGGCCCCUAUCAAGAGGACAAAGGUAGAACGGCAGCUCAACAUUCUCGUACUGCUUCUCAUCGGCAUUCUCUUGGUGCUGAGCAUCAUCUCCACCGUCGGCGACCUGAUCAUGCGCAAGGUCCGUGGCAAUUCACUGAGUUACCUCAUGCUCGACCCAACAAACACCGCAGCGCAAAUCGGCAAGACCUUCAUCAAGGACAUGGUGACAUACUGGGUCCUUCUGUCUGCCUUGGUUCCCAUCUCUCUCUUCGUCACCAUUGAAGUGGUCAAGUAUUGGCACGGUAUUCUGAUCAACGAUGAUCUUGAUAUCUACUACGACAAGACGGACACGCCAGCCAAUUGCCGAACUUCGAGUUUGGUAGAAGAACUAGGCAUGGUCGAGUAUGUCUUCUCGGACAAGACGGGCACUCUAACUUGCAACAUGAUGGAGUUCAAGCAGUGCUCUAUUGCCGGCAUCAUGUACGCUGAUGAUGUGCCCGAGGAUCGUCGGGCGACCAUCCAGGACGAUGUCGAGAUCGGGAUCCACGACUUCAAGCAACUGAACAAGAACCUCCACGGACACGAGAGUGCUGCGGCCAUUGACCACUUUCUCACACUGCUGGCCACCUGCCACACUGUCAUUCCGGAGCGAGAUGAUCGGGACAACAUCAAGUACCAGGCAGCCUCGCCCGACGAGGGUGCUCUUGUAGAAGGUGCGGUGGCCUUGGGCUACCGCUUCACCGCCCGAAAGCCACGCUCGGUGCUGAUAUCUGUGGAGAAUGGACCGGAACAAGAGUAUGAGCUCCUGGCUGUCUGCGAGUUCAACUCGACGAGGAAGAGGAUGUCGACUAUCUACCGAUGCCCGGAUGGCAAGAUUCGUUGCUAUUGCAAGGGCGCCGACACGGUCAUCUUGGAGCGCCUCAACGGCGACAACCCCCACGUCGAGGCUACUCUCCGCCAUCUGGAAGAGUAUGCCUCGGAAGGUCUGCGUACGCUGUGCCUCGCCAUGCGCGAAAUACCGGAGCAGGAGUUCCAGGAAUGGUUCGCCAUCUUCGAGAAGGCUGGCACGACGAUUGGCGGGAACCGGGCCGACGAGCUCGACAAGGCCGCCGAGAUCAUCGAGCAUGACUUUUACCUUCUUGGAGCCACUGCCAUCGAGGAUCGUCUCCAGGAUGGUGUCCCCGAGACUAUCCAUACUCUGCAACAAGCCGGCAUCAAGGUCUGGGUCCUGACUGGUGACCGGCAAGAAACGGCCAUCAACAUCGGUAUGAGCUGCAAGUUGUUGAGCGAAGAUAUGAUGCUAUUGAUUGUCAACGAGGAGACCGCGGCCGCAACUCGAGACAAUAUUCAGAAGAAAUUGGACGCCAUCCGAACGCAGGGAGAUGGCACAAUAGAGACCGAAACGCUCGCCUUGGUCAUUGACGGAAAGUCUCUGACCUUCGCCCUCGAGAAGGAUCUCGAGAAGCUAUUCCUUGACCUGGCGGUCAUGUGCAAGGCAGUCAUUUGCUGCCGUGUCUCGCCUCUUCAAAAGGCUUUGGUGGUCAAGCUGGUCAAGCGAUAUCAGAAGGAGUCUAUCCUGCUCGCCAUCGGUGACGGCGCAAACGACGUCUCUAUGAUCCAAGCCGCACACAUCGGUAUAGGAAUUAGUGGUGUUGAGGGUUUGCAGGCGGCGCGAAGUGCAGAUUUGUCCGUGGCUCAGUUCCGUUACCUUCGCAAGUUGCUGCUGGUCCACGGUGCCUGGAGCUACCAACGGAUCAGCAAAGCAAUCUUGUUCUCUUUCUACAAGAACAUUACUCUCUAUCUUACACAGUUCUGGUUCACAUUCCAAAACGUCUUCUCCGGUCAGGUCAUCUACGAAUCUUGGACGCUGUCCUUCUACAACGUCUUCUAUACUGUUCUUCCUCCCUUGACAAUGGGUAUCCUGGACCAAUUCGUCUCGGCUCGCCUUCUCGACAGAUAUCCGCAGCUCUACAACUUGGGUCAGAGCAACCAGUUCUUCCGGGUCCGAACCUUUGCCGGCUGGAUCGCAACGGCGGUGUACCAUUCUCUCAUCUUGUACAUUGGUGCAGCGCUCUUCUGGUGGGGCGACCUCAUCCUGGGCAAUGGUGAGACGGCUGGCCAUUGGGUCUGGGGUACCGGUCUCUACGCCUCUGUCCUCUUGACUGUCCUGGGCAAGGCGGCGCUCGUGACGAACAACUGGACCAAGUAUCACGUCAUUGCCAUCCCAGGGAGUAUGGUGAUAUGGUACGUUUUUAUCGCGGUGUACGGGACAGUGGCACCCAUGAUCAACAUUUCCAAGGAGUACCACGGUGUGGUGCCCAAGCUAUUCACCAGCCCCGUCUUCUGGGCUCAGAGCGCCGUCCUGCCCGUGGCAUGCUUGCUGCGUGACUUCACCUGGAAGUACGUGAAGCGGAUGUACCGACCUAAGACGUAUCACCACAUCCAGGAGAUCCAGAAGUACAACAUCCAGGAUUACCGACCUAGGAUGGAGCAAUUCCAAAAGGCCAUUCGCAAGGUCCGUCAAGUCCAACGCAUGCGCAAGCAGCGCGGCUAUGCCUUCUCUCAGGCAGACGAGAGUCAGACCAGGGUGCUCCAGGCGUACGAUACCACCCAGCACCGUGGCAGAUACGGCGAGAUGGCCUCGUCGCGGGCGCCGGCGAGGUAG